GAUAAACAAACGAAACAAGCAAACAAAACAACAGCCUUCGAGCAAUAAAACACAAACAGACGAAGACGAUAGAACAACAGAACUCGGAUACGUACAAUUGUAGAAAAGGGAAAAUUUUUGCUAUUGCAAUUUUUCCCCCCUCUAUCCACACUAUCUUACACGACAAGAAUAUAUAUAUAUAUAUAUUUCGCCAAGAUGCCGAUGGUGAUGCCAUGUCGUUCGCGAGCCGCUAUGAAACUUCAUGCGGAUUGUUAUGAUCGACUAAAGAAACCGAUUUAUUUGGAGGCACCAAAGUUGACGGCCAUCGAGGAGGAGCGAAAAUGUGGCGUACGCAAGGAUAAGCCCGUGAAUCCCAAAGGUCAAAGGCGACCCUUGCCGCCGGGCACCAAAGAACCAACUCCUCUUCCCAUCCCAGGACAAAAGGUCAUGCGUUCGCCGGUGGGUGGUGGAAAGGCGCCACCACGUAAUCGCAAAUACGAUGGAGCCAAGGCCACAUUCUUUCACAUCAAGGGUCAAUCGUGGGAGUCCAAGGGUUAUGCGGAACUCUCGCCGGGAGAAUUGGAUCGCAUGAGGGCCGCGAGACCGAAAACCACCGAUGAACGACGAGCCGAACAGGAUCGCCGAAUGGAGGAGCAGCAAUAUCACACGGCCGAAGCGGAACGUAUGCGGAAUUACUUCCAUGACAUCGAUGAGCAGCGGAGGGAAAAGGAACGGGAGACGGAGAAAAGGAACGAUGACGAGGCCGAUGAGGAUGUGAAUGAAGAGCGGAGAGUCGAGGCCAAAAGGCUGCAGGUCCUUCAUCGCGCCCUGGAUGCCAAAUACGAGUCCGACGUGCGGGUGAAAGAUGCCACUCGUGCGAUUUCCGAGGCCAAAUGCAGUGCCAUGUGGACGGCUCAGAUUCAAGAGAGAAAGCUCCUCAAUCGCAUCCAACUCGAUCACGAUGAGGAGAUGGCUCGCAAGAAUCGCGAUUACAACAAUGCCAAAUGGGGCACCGUGGAGCAACAGGAUCAGGCCGAAGAGGAACGCCGUCGGCAGUUCGGAAACGCUGUUCGCGAACAAAUCAGCGAUCGUGAGAAGUUAAGAUUCCUUGCCCAGGAUCGCCUGCGGAUGGAGGCUCGAGAUUUGCGAGCCGCAGUGGAUGAGUAUAGAAGAGCCGAAAUAGCCGAGGGAGAAUCACGAUCCCACCGCAAAUUGGCCUACAGAGAUGAAUUGAAUAAAUACACCAAAUUGCAUCGUAAUUUCGUGCGUAUGAUGUGCGAGCAGGAUCAACGGGAUGAGAAUAGAGCCUACGAGUAUCUGAAACUUAAGGAAAAGCAAUUGAGACAACAGAGGGCGGAACGCGAGGCCAUCGAGGCGGAUGUGAAGCGGAAACGGGAUGUCCUCUUUGCAGUGGGUCAAAAGAUACUGGAUGCCAAGGAUAAUCGCGAAGAGAUGCAUUUCCUGGCCGAACACGAACGUCUGGAGAGAAAAUAUCGGGAAAACGAAAGGAUUGCCGCCGAGAAGGAGAGGAAAAUGGCUGCAGAUCUUAAGCGUGCUAAUAUGGAACAAAUGGAGCAUCUUAGCCAAAUGAAGGCCUGCUAUUAUGUGCAACGUGAAAGGGAACUCAAGGAGAUGAUACAAUAUCGUGAGAAAUUGGAGGAGCAAAUGAAACGGGAGGCCAAUGAACAGGCCAUCAAGAAAGCCUGUCUUCGCACCAGCGUAUCCUGUCAAAUUGAGGAGCGUGAGAAGGCCCGUCGCCGCGAAUUGGAGAAUGAACAUUUGGCCUUCGAAAGGGAGAGGGCAGCUGAGGCCCAGCGGCAAAAGGAAAUCGAUACGGUGAUCACAGUCAAACUAGAUGAUCUACAAAAACGCGGUUGUCUGCCCAAUUUGGCUGUUCGAUCGCUAAAGGGUCGCGUGGAAAAUGCAGGAAACAAAAAGAAGCUCGGCUCUGAAUUUAGUUAGAUUUUUGGUUUUUCAUUUCAAUCCCAAAACACAAACACUCAAAUUGACAAUGGCAUAGAUGAUGGCUUUUCCAGCUUGGCGGAAUUAAAACUUGCAGCAUACGUAUAUCGUAUAUA